AGAUUAAUCGGCCAUUUUCCCCAUCAACAACAUUCUGCAGCAUCAAUCACCGUAGAACAUCAUACCUUGGCAAUAUCGUGAUUUCCGGUGAAAAUUGGUGGAUUUUACUGUGGUAAAAUAGCAUGUUAGUGAUCUAGACUCAAGUGCAAGAAUUGGAAGAGUGAAUUGGAAGCAGUAGAUCAACGAAAUUGAGUGCAAAACUCCAAAUCAAGAAAGAUGACAGCCGUAGACGAGAGAACGAUUUAUGCAAAGCUCGAAGCCAUGAAGGAUAUCCGUUCGAAAACCCUUCAGCUGGAGAAAGUCAAGCUGAAAAUAAUCCGCGAGGUGGAAAACGGAGAUGCAGAGGAAAAGUGCCUCUCCGAGUAUCGCCGGGAGUUGGAACUCCUGAUGCAGGAGAAGAUGAGUCACGUCGAAGAGCUGCGGCAGAUCCAUGCCGAUAUUAAUGCCAUGGAAACGGUCAUCAAACAAGCGGAGGAGAACCGGAUUCGGUCCAUCAAUAUGGCAAAUCGCUUUCACGAAGAAUACGUCCCACUGAAAACGGAAGUCGAUACUAUGCGUCGGGAGUACCUAGGAUUGGAACGACUACCGGAACUGCACGAGGAUGAGGGAUCAAUUAUCUCUCCCGAGUACCGCUUCCAAAACUACUACACAGGAAACAAAUCAAUGACGGCACCAUCGGUUGCUUUCGCCAGGCCAGCCCUGUCCGCCCACCAUCCGUUGCCUCCGGAUGGUCCGGUGACGGCUUUGCCUCCUUCGGCGCCACCAGGUUUCCUACCGCCACCACCGGUAGCCAUGCGUAUCAACAAACCACCGGAAAUGCCCACCAACCGUCUCCAGCCCGCUCCAUCGUCCAUCGGAAUCGGCCAUCCCACGUUCAGGUCUGAUUUCAAUGUCAGUCUGAGACAACAACCACCACCGAUGAAGUCGUGUCUCUCGUGCCAUCAGCAGAUCCAUCGCAAUGCACCGAUCUGUCCGCUGUGCAAAGCCAAAAGUCGUUCGCGGAAUCCGAAGAAACCGAAGAAGAAGGAACACUAGGAAGUUGUGGAACACGCAACCUAAUGCCAGUGAGCGAAAACCGGAGUUGCAUUUCUCGUGGGUAUUUUCUCGUCAUGACCAAAGCGCACCCCAUCCGGUGGUGCGUGUUUGAACUGAUUAUUUUAUUUUACAAAGCGAAUCGCACAAGUACUUUUAGCAUUUUUGAUGAUUUGUCGGUCGAUUCCUGCAAAUGACAUUAUUUUAUCCCCUUACGAAUACGCAUGUUUAGUUUAUUUUUUAGAGUAUAAGCACAUAACAAAUACCUAUAAUCGCCAAUUCUAGAACGUGGAGUACACUGGUUUGUGCGCCAUCAGCCAACAACAAUUUUCAAUAAAUGAUAAUCAUGAAUAUUCUAGCGCA